AUGGCAUUUGACCGCUACGUGUGCAUCUGUAACCCUCUGAGAUACAACACCAUCAUGUCCCACUCAACUGUGUACAAGAUACUCGCGGGCAGUUGGACUUAUUCCAUUGUAGCCUUUGGUACUCACAUACUAUUGACCUAUAGACUCCCUUUGUGCGGAGCAGAAAUAUUAAAGAUCUACUGUGACAACUGGUCAAUAGUCAGACUUUCUUGCAUUGACACCACCAUCAAUAAUGUUUUUGGACUUUUUAUUGUCACUACAUUUGUCUGUAUGCUCCUAAUGUUGAUAAUGUACUCAUAUUUUGAGAUUCUCAGGGUUUGUGCAAGAUCUUCCCAAGCUGUUAUUGCUAAAGCCCUACAGACCUGCACUCCCCAGCUCAUAACCACCUUCAACUUUGUGGCAGGUUCUCUUUUUGACAUUUUCCUCUAUAGAUAUAUCCCUACUAUUGUUCCUUAUGAGUUUCGCCUGUUCAUGUCAUUGGAAUUCCUUGUGGUGUCUCCCAUUCUGAAUGCCUUAGCGUAUGGGCUAAAAAUGUCAGAGUUGAGAGCAAAAAUAUUCCAGCCGUUUAAUCUCAAGAGAUUUGCAGGGAACACCUUGAGUGUGUAG